CCGGCAUGCGCCAUUAGUAAUGUGUGGAUCAUUGCAUUGGUGGAGUCUGGAAAAAAGUGACUCUAGAAAACCAGUACAAUUUCGUUUUUUUCACAUUUAAGUGUACAGAUAAGUCCCAGUAAUGUCUGUGAAGAUAUUCUACGACAUCAUGUCGCAACCUGCGAGGUCGGUUUUGAUGUUUGUGAGAACAAACAAGAUCCCUUACACUCCGUGUCCGAUAGCCAUGCGAAAAUUUGAACACCAAUCUGAGGAGUAUGCAGCUGUUAAUCCAAUGAAGAAAAUUCCAGCGAUGCAAGAUGGAGAUUUCAAACUCACCGAGAGUAUCGCAAUAGUGAAGUAUCUGCAGAGCAAGUAUGCAUGCCCUGAUCAUUGGUACCCUGCAGACUUAAAGGCCAGGGCCAGGGUCGAUGAGUACCUGGCGUGGCAGCACAUGAACACAAGAUUAAAUGUUGCAAAGGUCUUUUUGAAACAGGUAAUCUUUCCUCGGAUGACUGGCACCCCUCCAGACCCUGCCGCCCUAGCCCCUGAUAUUCAGCGGAUGGAAGAGACCCUAGACAACAUAGAAACCUACUUCCUUCGGGACAAACCAUUCCUGUGUGGGGAUGACAUCAGCAUCGCAGACCUGUUUGGAGUAAAUGAGGUUAUACAAAUUGAACCCUGUGGGUACGGUACGAUAGACAGGAGACCAAAACUGAAGGCUUGGAUCGGAAGAGUCCGAGAGCGAGUACAACCAGAGAUCUUUGACGAUGUCUGCCAACUCAUCUACAAACUAGCCAAAACAAAACCAAAGCUAUAAUCAUAAGAUCCAUAGAGAGGUACAGUGUAUGGCAUUUAAAGGUGAUUUAUGUCAUGUGAUUUUCUAUCCUUCUUCCGUGAGGUGUGUGUAUUACGAUGGUUUUUAACUUUGUGAUCACGGUACAGCCCACCUAUUUAUCCAGGGGAAAAUUCAAAAAAAGUGUUUUCUUGUGUAUAUUAAGCUAGAAUUUUGAGUUUGUCAAAUCAUGAUCUAAUCAUGUGCAGGAUAUUCUUAUACUUGAAAUUGUAAAUUGGUCAGAAUUUUAGUAUGACUAUAAAAAUUAAUUGAUUAUCUUAUUUUCUUCAGGGGUUACACUUCAGUCUGAAUCACAAGAAAAUGUUGAAAUAUGUCAAUAGGGUUAAUUGACUAGUAAAAAAUGAUGUGUUUAUCCUCAGGGUUGGUUUUCAAAAAAUGGUGCCUUUAAGAGUAUAGUUAAGUCACUGAGUGCCCCAACCCUUGUGUAUUAAGUAUUCAAUUUAGAGACAAAACGGGGCUCUUUGAAAUGUGAUGGAUGAGGUUUGUCUGUUGAUUCUGUUUUGAGGAAAGGAGCAGGGUCAAUAUUCUGACAUUGCUGCAUCAUUGUUAAAUCUUAUAUUCAUAUGACAUAAUAAUUGAUAGUGGGGUGCUUUACCCAACUACUUUUGACCUUGUACAAGAAUGAUCUAAAAAUGUACUAUGACAAAUGGACAAUCACACUAAUGGAGAUGAGAUGAAGGCUAGAAGUAGUAUUCAGAAUACCCGACUAUAGGCCUGUAACACAAAGCCUUGAUAGUGAUCAUCGUUGGAAUUUUUUUAUGAUUAAUUGCAUUGACUACAAUGUAUAAUAAAGCGUACAAUUAAUCGGUUCUGUGACUAUUGCUAUGACGACAAUUGCUGUGAUGGAAAAUAUAUCUUCACAUUAUUCUGAACCAAAUACAUUUGUACUCUCUUACAGUCCUAACUUUAACCCUAUGGCCACUGAGAUAUUAACACCGGAGCAAAUGUCGCAGGAGAAAAUGUUGUCACUGAUUAAUUGCUAACGUUUGUGUUACGAGAUCAUGUUUAGUAGAAUAGAAUGUGGUUUCUUUAUUUUAGCAUCAUGAUUUCACAAAAACAGAAUUCACAGACUUAUAAAGGAAAGAAAGAGGAUGAUCAAAAUUCUGAUGCCAUGAUUUACAUACUAGAGAUUGAUUUUUCUGAUAUACUUUCAAGAAUGAAAUGAAAUUAAUAACUUAAAAAGAGUAUAUUUUUCCUUAUCAGGUAUAAGAACUCAGUCAUAACCAGUAUUACAAAGAAACAAGGUAUUCAAGUACAUGUCAACUCUAAGAAAACUAUUGCCCUCUUGCUAAUCAAUUAUGGAUGUAUCGUUAUUGUAUAUCUAAAGUAAGUAAUAUGAUUGGUGAAAUAUACAUAAAUGAUGUUUGAUUUUUUUCUCGAUUGCGUAGCAGAGCGAGACUAUAGGCGCCAUUUUCAUC